ACAUGUAUUUGUAUAUUUAUCAAAAGAUAAUCAUGCAUGCACGUUUACCAGCUGAUAGCGGUUGUAACAUGUUUUAUAUUGGAUAACAUGCGGAUUAUACUGCACUGAACCGACAUUUGGAAUAUGAUAGGAAUGAUUUCACCCACCAAGGAGCACAAGGGGCCGGGGUUCGGGAGCAAGCAGCUACACAAGAUCCAGAGUAUGCUACAUCAUCGCCCGCGAGCCGGAUCUCUGGGGAAAAAGGACAAACCCGAGAAUAUUCCCGGCAGUGGUGGAGAAAUUCAGUGGUGCUUCUCGCAAGUUAAAGGAACAAUAGAAGAGGAUAUAACGGAGGCUGAUAUAAUUUCUUGUGUGGAGUUCAACAGUAAUGGACAGUUGCUAGCCACAGGAGAUAAAGGAGGACGUGUUGUGAUAUUUCAACGCGAUGGCAAGGGUAAUCCACAGUUUACCGGUGCCCGUGGGGAAUACAACGUGUACAGCACAUUCCAAAGUCACGAACCAGAGUUUGAUUAUUUGAAGAGCUUAGAAAUAGAGGAAAAAAUCAACAAGAUCAGAUGGUUGAAGAGAAGCAACCCAGCAAACUUUCUGUUGUCUACCAAUGAUAAAACAGUGAAGUUAUGGAAAGUAACCGAGAGAGACAAGAGACCUGAAGGUUAUAACUUGAAGGAUGAUGCUGGUCUCUUGCGUGAUCCAACUUCUAUUACAUCAUUACGGGUACCCAGCUUCAAACCAAUGGAGCUACUGGUUGAAGCAAGUCCACGACGUAUUUUUGCCAAUGCUCACACCUAUCACAUCAACUCAAUCUCAGUGAACAGUGACCAAGAAACGUACCUGUCAGCUGAUGACCUGCGCAUUAAUCUUUGGCAUUUAGAAGUCACUAAUCAGAGUUUCAAUAUAGUAGAUAUAAAGCCAGCCAAUAUGGAGGAGCUUACAGAGGUGAUUACAGCUGCCGAAUUCCAUCCCACUGAGUGUAACCUGUUUGUUUACAGUAGCAGUAAGGGAACUAUACGUCUCUGUGAUAUGCGUGAACAAGCUUUGUGUGACAAACAUGCCAAAUUGUUUGAAGAGCCGGAGGACCCUACAAAUAGAAGUUUUUUCUCAGAGAUUAUAUCUAGUAUAUCGGAUGUUAAAUUUAGUCAUAAUGGUCGUUACAUGGUGACACGUGACUAUUUAUCUGUGAAGGUCUGGGACCUGCAGAUGGAUUCUAAACCUAUAGAGACAUUUCAAGUGCACGAGUACCUACGUAGUAAAUUGUGUUCAUUGUAUGAGAAUGACUGUAUAUUUGACAAGUUUGAAUGUGCUUGGAGUGGAAAUGAUAGGCAUAUAAUGACUGGAUCGUACAACAAUUUCUUUCGUAUGUUUGACCGUGAUUCAAAACGUGAUGUGACAUUGGAAGCCAGUCGUGAAAACGUUAAACCAAAAACUGUCCUAAAACCUCGUAAAGUUUGUAGUGGUGGAAAACGAAAGAAGGAAGAGAUUAGUGUAGAUUGUUUGGACUUCAAUAGGAAAAUUCUCCACUCAGCCUGGCAUCCACAAGAGAAUAUACUGGCUGUAGCUGCAACUAAUAAUUUGUAUCUAUUCUGUUCAAAGGAAUAGGUCAAUAAUUAUUUUUGUUACCCCUAGGAUAUUUAAAUUAUACCAGUGUGCGGAUGAUGUUCAUCUGAAGAAAAUACCUGGUGUAUAUAUAGAACUGUGUUUGAUUUUUGUAGGAAACAAAGAAAAAUGGUAAUGUGUUCAAUACUUCAGACAUUUUCUGAGAAUUCUAGAUUGAUGAUACUUGAGUGUUAACUUGUAGGGAUUGGCUAAGCAGGUUCAUGCCAGAAUAUGGAAAUGUAAUAGCUAUAGAAAAAGAGGAUUUGCUAAGAAAUACUGAGAAAACUUUUGAGAACUGAUCCUCUACCAAAUUGAAAGAAAGAUGCACACUAUAGGAGAAAGACGGAAUUGUAGCGGAGGCCGGAACAAAUCAUAUCAUAUAUUGAUAUUCCAGUAGUACAGUUAUUCCUUGUAAACCAUUGCACACUUAAGUGCAUACUGUUAGAAGAAUGUGACAGUUGUAGAAAGAUAGUGUGGUAAUUGUUGUUAAUUGUUACCUUACACAAUUCUAUAUACUGUAAAGUCAUUUAAUUUCAUGAGCAUGACUUUUUGUGGUUUUCAUGUUUUGAAGAUGAAUGGAAAUUUUGUUAGUUCUUUGGAAUUAAAUUUUUAUGAAUGGACGCAACUAGGAAAGCCACGAAAAUUAUGUUUCCUAUGAGCAUUCAUUUCACUGUCUUGUGAUAUUGAUAAAUAUAGUGCUAAAGGCAUAUCAGUAAUGCAUUGAUAAAUCUGUAUACUUAAAUUAACAAAUUAAUCAAAGGAAACUUGAAAAUGAAUGCGAUAAAGUAUGACACCUGCAUGAAUAAAUUAGUACUCUUAAAUUAAUUUGAGACGACUGGUUUGGAACCAUUUUCCGGACAGGACUAGUUUCCGGACACAUGUAAUAUCCGCUUUAUUUCGUUGUUAUUCAUGUAAUUGUUUCAUCUAGAUCAUUUAGAUGUUUGUUCUUCAUGUCUACAGCAAACCACUAUUUUAUAAGGCUGUAUAAUUUUGGGUUUUUGAUGAUAACUCACCUGCGUUUACAAAACAACUUUCUAUCUUAACGGGGCAUGAAGAUAGCAUUGGGCAUGCGCAGUAGUUCACACAUGCCGAGGUAUCAAGUGGGGAAGAAAUAAUCAAACUACAUAAUGAUUGUCUACUGAUAACAUGUUCUACUUUUAAUUUAACGCUGAAAGUUACGUAAGAUGCAGGGCUGUCGAUUUUUGCACUAAUUUUAUUCUAUAUCUAUUGGAAUUAUCAAGAAUUUGUAUAAGACGAAAAUCGAGUUUUUUAUAGUCAACCUUGGUUUGCUUUCGUAGCUGCUAUUGAAAGUCGAGUUAUGUUUCGUGCGCAACUUUGAAGAGAUGAAUGAUAAAGAAAUGUGUAGAAGUAGUUUAAUUACUUAUUUUGAUAUAAAAUUAACAACAAAACACUGUCAAAAUAUUUGUCCGGAAACUGGUUUACCUGAUGGGAAAAAUAACUCAUUUUAGUGACCCCAUUUGAGGCCCCAUGGAAUACAUAUUUUACAUCACAACGCGAUGCUGAUUACAACAUCGGAUGUGGAAGGAGCUGAAGUUUGUGCAGUGUGAGCUUUAUUUAUGUCAAAUAUUUUUUUAGGGAAUAAUGGAGCCGAAAUAUGAAAAUGUGUCCGGAAAAUGGUUCCCAACCAGUAGUGUACUUAAAUUAUUCCGGUACUAGUACACUGACUUUCAGUAGACUGCCAAAUGUAUUAUUUGAUAUAAAAACCUACAGUUUUCACAGUUUUGAUGUCAUUAUAUUAAGAUGUAUGGACAAUUUUUAAUAUUUCAGUAAAAAUGUUCUGUAGACAUAGUAUGGAUAUGAAUAUAUGAAGUAUCAAAUCUGUUCAGUAGAUUAUUGGUAAACUGCUUGUAAAGGUCACUGUCCCUAAUAUUUAAGGAAUGCUUAGCUGUGUUUCUUACAAGUUUUGUUACGGGCUAGAAGCAUCAAGCAGGCGAUAGUAUUUGUCACACUAAUAAAUAUUUACAUCAAAACAUGCAGUUUUGCUCCGAGUGCUGUGCAAAGGGCAUAUAUCUCACAUACUUGAUUUUUUCUCCAUAGAAAGUUUGGUUUCCAUUUAAAGCUGAAGUUUACCAACAUGCUUAUUUGUUAAUGUUUUCAAAACGUGUAACAUGAUUUGUUAAUUGAAACAUGUGCUGAAGGUUAACGAGUGCUAAGAUAUAAUAGUGUUACAAUGAGUAGGAAGAUGCGGAUUCCAGUUGUUUUUAUGUACAAGUGAGAUAUCUGUAUAGUAUGUCGAAAUUGUUUUGAGUGAACCAAAGAGUUUUAGUUAUCAGUUGCGGAAGUGUCUAGUGUCUAGGCUGAACUCAAAUAUUGUUAAUAUGUUUUUGGAUGAUUCCUUAAUAGCUGAGGUUUAUUUUUGCUGGUAUUAAGUCUGCAGAAAUUUGAAGUGGCUGAAAAUCUUGACCGUUUACCAAGCUACUUGUGAAAGGAUAGAAUUGAUCAGCUUUUGUAACAUUAAAAUAAACAUAUUGCCAUGUUAAAAUGUACAUGAUAUCAAGUGAUGAUGCAGGUAAACUAAGUUUUGUUUAUAGGUAGCUGCUUACAUCUGUUAUAGAGAUUAUUUGUCUACAGUAAGCAAACCAUACAACCAUUAGUCAGCAGUGGUAUACUAAGUCCCAUUUAAUUCUAUAAACCACAAGCUGCCUUGGAAGAGGCCUAAGUCUUACUAGUAAAAUCGUCAACAUGACAUACUGAAUGUGUUUCUUAUUUGUGAUUUGGUGCAACAUGUAUAUGUUUCUUAUUUGUGAUUUGGUGCAACAACAUUUUAUGUGGUGUAUUUGUGUGCAAACUGAUGUAUUUACUGUUAUCAUUCCAGUGGUAUUACAUUAGGUUCUUAGUUUUCACACAUCACUGAAUAUUUACCAGUACAUUAUUAGUGUGAUCGAAACAUGAGUUUUUGUUGCUUACUCCAGGUUAUAGAAUAAUGAUUUAACCCUUACUAUGCUGGACACGACUGAUUCUGCCUUUGCAACCAGUGUAAAUCAUGAUCAGCCUGCACAUUUGUGCAGCCUAAUCAAGAUCUGCACUGUUUGCCAUUCAGUCAGUAUCUUUUUGGUAAGCACCCCUUUUAACAGUUGAUGGUACUGUCCAAAUUGAAAGAUGGACAAGUUCAUUAUAGAAAUUCAGCAGGGUAAUGGUUAAAAGAUCAGGAACAUCUUUUUUCUAUCAAAUUAAAUCCCUUACCUAUAUAUGUUUAUAUUUUAUGUACAAAAUAUAACAAUAUCAUUGUUAUAUUUAUAUGUUUACAGGUUCAUAAAAACAUACUCUGUUAAACAGUUUAUUCAGGUGUUGUUUUUUUUUGUCAUUAUUUUAAAUAAUAGUAAUUAAUGUGUAACAACUUACAUUUUUGUUGCAAGGAAGUAUUGAUCCCAAGAGAUCUAGUGUAUACUUCAGUUGGUCCUUGGGGGAUGCAUGAGGGCUAUUACACAUUUCAUUAUCUCUGUUGAACAGACUCCUUAAAAAAACUUAUUUUGAUGGGUUGAGUUACAUUUUUUUCCACAGGAUCUUCUAAUAAGAUAUGUUUAUACAUAACUUAAAUUUACAUUAUCAUUUGGUAUGAACAUAAAGCCUUGUUGUUUAGUGCAAUAGAAAAAACUUCUGUCUAAGUCUGAAAUUACAAGUAUUGUUAAACUGCAGGAAAACUAUACUGUGUGUGUGGUGAGAGGGACUGAAUGAAAUCUAAAUCAAAACAAAACUUAUCCGAAUAUUGUGAUAUUUUUAUAUUUUAAUAAGUUACCCAGUGAAGAACCUUCAAAUUACCAGACUCGAGUUCAUUACAAACAGCUGCGUGUGAGUAAAAAUUGGAAAAUGCAAUCAUGGUUUCAAAAAUAACUUAUUUAGAAGUAAAUCCUCAAUAUUUCAUCAGGGUUUUUUUUUUUGUAUGAAAAGCAAAUGUGUUAACUAUAUUUUCUCCCAUGACUGGGAUUAGACCUUAAGCCAUUCUAUUAAUGAUGUUUAAACAUCUUCCAUUACUUUUUCACUUGGUAUGAAUGACUGAAUUCAAAUAAGUCUGCUUCCAAAAAAAGUGCAUGAACAUAUGCUUACCUAUUUAUUUAUUUCUCAGCAUGCUCAUUUAUAGUACUAUCAAAACACAUCAAAUCCUUUAUAGCCUUUGAGGUAAAGAAAAAGCAUAUGCAAUGGUGCCAACCACAGAUCUUACAUAUAAAUGUAUGGCAUGAUAGCAAUAAACUGCAUGCUAUAACAGCAAACAAUGAAUACUAUGAUUACAGAUUGCAUUGUUGGACCUCUAAGAAGAUCUCACUGUUAAGUGUAUGCAAUUUGUCACAUUCUUGUCAUCCAAAACAAUGAUGGUCUGUUUGUGUAAAGAUGCAUCAAUUUCAGGCUAUUAUAGAAUAUUUUCGUGUUACAUAUAUGUCUGAAAUUUUCAAAGUACAUUAUACAGCUGGGAUUCCAUCAUAUGUCUAAAGUUUCAAAGUGCAUUUGUCAUCGAAAGUGUAAAACCUUUCCAGGGUUUUGUGGAGUAUUAUCUAUAUAAAUUUGUGAACAACAGUUUUCCAAUUUUGUACAAAUUACAUCACUCACUAGUGCCAAGUAGGGACCACAGAUAGUCAUUGUGCCAAUAUUAAAGUGAAAACAUUUCGUCUGUUUGUCUGUACCAAAAUAAAAUGUUUGCAGUCCAAACAAGUGGACUUUCUAAAGUGCUAUGAGCUAUUGUGCAAUAAGAUAUAUUAUGAAGAAUGUACCCAUUCGCCAGUUUCUGUAUUUUUACAGUGGGAGACAUUUUUUGACUCAUCAUUUGAAGUGAAAAUAUAAUGUGAAUCAAAUAUAUCUUGCCUAAAUUUUAAAUGGCUAAAGAAAAUUUUAUGUAGAUAGAAUAUUCUUUGCUUAGUUUAAAAUAUUGCUCUUGUCGGUAUGCUCAUUAAGUUACUAUAUGCUCAGAUUGUAUAGUAUAGCAAGUAGAAAUGUUCCUUUUAUAUAAGUGAAGUGAUAUACUGGGAAUAUAAAAGUUCAGAUUCAAGGUUAGAUUUCUAUUUCGUGAAGGUUUUGUAAUGAUGUUUUAUUAUGCCCCCCUUCGAAGGAGGGGUAUAUUGUUUUGCAGAUGUUGGUUGGUCGUUAUGUAGACCAAUCGUUUCAGGAUGAUAACUCAAGAACACUUGGGCCUAGGAUCAUGAAAGUUGAUUGGGAGGUUGAUCAUGACUGGUAAAUGACCCCUACUGAUUUUGAGGCCAGUAGGUCAAAGGUUACAGUGACCAGGAACAGAAACGGUUUCUGGAUGAUAACUCAAGAACUCUUUGGCCUAGGAAUCUAGGAUCAUGAAAGUUGAUAAGGAGGUUGUUCAUAACCAGCAGUUGACCCCUAUUGAUUUUGAGGUUAAAGGUCAAGGUCACGGUGACACGGAACAGUUCAACGGUUUCUGGAUGAUGACUCAAGAGCGCUUGGGCCUAGGAUCAUGAGUUGAUAGGAAUGUUAAUCAUGACCAGCAGAUGCCCCUAUUGAUUUUGAGGUCAGUAGGUCAAAGGUCAGAACACGGUGACACGGCACAGUUCAUUGGGAACUGUUCCCGAUGAUAACUCCAGAACGCUUAGGCCUAGGAUCAUGAAACUUAAUAGGAGGUUGAUCAUGACCAGCAGAUGACCCCUGUUGAUUUUGAGGUCAAUAGGUCAAAGAUCAAGGUCACAUUGACCCAGAACAGUAGAACUUUUGUAUACAGUGACCAAAUAAUUUCUGUUCCUAGUGCAAUUACUGAAUGCAUCAAGGGGGGCAUUUCGUGUUCUAUGAGCUCUUGUAAAGUAAUUAAAAUGUUAUUAUAUUCAGAGGCUCGAGUGUAUUCACUGAAUACCCAGUGCAAAUACACGGUUUCCUCAAAAUUAUGUUUACUUGUAUUGAUAAAAGUAUGCUUUUCCUCAUGAUAAUGUCUACUUUAUUGAUAUACCGUUAGUUUUCAUAUCAAAGUGUGCAAGUAUUAUUAAGAUAUACACAAACAGUUUUCACAUACAAAACUGUAUACAAAAUUUGCAGCACCAAUUUUGUUAACAGCAAUUUUUGUUUACUCAACAACCAUUGAUUGUAUGCCUUCUGUUAGCUUUGACAUAAUGUAGUUGACUCGUAAUAACAAUUGGCAAUUCUAUGCAGUUACAUUUUUUUAAUGCUUCGGUUGUAAGUAGAUUAGCAAGCAAAGGACCGAGGCUCAGUGAUAUAUGACCUUUUUGUGUCGGUUUGCCGUAAAACCCAACUCGUUCAUUCAUUCAUACGGACCGAGGAAUGUUGAAAUCCUGUAAGUUUCCUUAUAAGAGAUUGCCGAUUGUCAUCAUGGGUGCAUUACCUUAAAGCUGAUAAUGUUUGAAUGUUACAAAUAUCAAGUGUCUGUGAAUUUCAAGUGCUAGGUAUUUAUUGAUGUAUAAUUUUCAUGUCAUGAACUUUGUUACCAAUAACUUAACAUGUUACUUUAAUACAUUUAUAUAUGUACAUAAAAUUGCCAUGUUAUUGUUGUCAUGUUGAUACAACAAUGUCAAAUAAAAAAAAAAUAAAGCAAUAUAAUAACUUC